AUGGAAAGAGGCACUGGUUUGGGUGUAUACUGUAAGUCUAAUGCAACUAAAGUGACAUUAUCUUUAGGGAAUUACACCACGGUUUGGCAGGCAGAAGUCUGUGCUGUAAUGACUUGCGCAAUGAUUUACCUUGAAAAAGGAAAGUCUGGCAAGAGGAUUAAUAUCUGUGUCGAUAGUCAGGCGGCUUUAAACGCCUUGAGUAAUCCGACUGUAGAGUCAAAACUAGUUUGGGAAUGUCGGAAGGUAUUGGACGAGCUAGGUUUGAAAAAUAAGCUCUCAUUAAUCUGGGUACCAGAACACUCGGGAAUCAGAGGGAAUGAAGAAGCAGAUACCUUAGCCCGUAGAGGGUCUGAGAUUAUGCCAGGUGCGGUGAAAGAAGCCAUUAGAAGAUGGUCUAGGAGAUGUCACGAGAGAGAGUGGGCGGAGACUACUGUAGGUAGACAGGCCAAGGCUCUGUUGGGAUUAAAACUCAACAGGGGCUUUGCAGAGUCCUUUCUAAAACUCAACAAGAUCAGAGUUAGAGAAGUGGUCAGGCUGCUCACGGGACAUGGACUACUGAAUUACCAUCAGCACAAAAUAGGUAGAAACGUUUCACCUAGAUGCGGAUUGUGUAACGCGGAAGAGGAAUUUUCUACUCAUAUUUUAUGUCACUGUCCAGCUUACGCUGCAGCGAGACAUCAAUGCUGGGGCCAUGCCUUUGUAGACCCAGAUAGGAUUCGCGACCUCUCGGUACAAGAGUUACUGGACUUUUGGAAUAAGACAGUACUCUAA